AUGAACGCCACCCUCCGUAAGGAGCACACAGCACUGGCGGCACAACUGCAUUCGCUGCGGAGCGCACAGCAUGACCCGGGCGAGGAGCUGGCAACGGCACAGGCGGCAGCACGGACGGCAGAGCAGAGAGUGGAGGUCCUGGAGCGACUUAAUGGACAGCUGCAAAAGUCCAAGGCAAAGGCUCAGGGAGACGCACUCGAGUUGGCUGCCAAGCUCAAGGAGGUCACCGCCAAGCACAUGGUGGUAGUCAAGGCCCACAAGGAGACUCUCGCUGCCCUGGAUGCCUACCGCGGACGUGCCCAGGCUGACUCGGCUGCUGCCCUCGAAACCAUUCGCUCGCUGGAGGCCCGCUGUGCAGAGGCCGAGGCCGCCCGGGCAGAUGCUGCUCGCGCCGCACAGCGCGCUCACGCAGACUCGUCACUGGCCUCGGGCGAGUCGCACGCUCUUGUUUCCGAGCUCCGCAUGCAACUGGCGGAUGCACAGGCCCAGCGUGAUGCGCUGCGUGCAGAGCUCGACGACGCCCUGCGUACCAUCGCUGUGCUGGAAGCCGCCCGCGACGACGCCCGCGACGCAGCCGACACCGCCGCCACCGCCCGUGACGCCGCGCUUGUGGCUGCAUCCGAUGCCGACGCAAAGCUACGCGCUGCGGAGCGUCAGCUGGAUGCGCUCCGGCUCGCCGAGAGCCACGCCGCACAGGCUGACGAAACGUCCGACGCGGUCGAGGUCCAAAUCGCAGAGCUGCGUGCCCAGCUCGGCGCAGCACACCGCGAGCGCGACGCCGCUAUCGAGCGCGCUCGCGUGGCCAAGGAUGCCGUGGCACGGGCCACCGCCCGUAGCGAUGCCCUUCGUGCCGAGCUCGAACAAGUCUCUACUGACUACACUGCUGCCACCCAAGACGCGCUCGACGCCGAAGCCGAGACUGCCGAGGCCCACGUGGAGAUUGCGGCGCUUCGCGACGCGCUCGCAGCCGCCGAGUCGCGCGCAUCCUCGGUUGCCCAACACAUUCGGUCGGUCGAGUCCGAGCUCUCCACCCAGCGUGUUGUCUCGGCCUCGUUUGACGCCGACAUGGUCUCGUCGGCGCUUAACGACUCGAUGCACGAGAGAGAGCCGGAUGCCGAGCUUGCACGCAUGGUUGCGCUUCUCAAAACCGAGCUAGCUAACCUCAAGGCGGCGGCUGCCGCCACCGCACAAGCUUCGCCGCCACCUGCAUCGCCCUCGGCGUCCGCCGGCGUACGCCAGCAACUUGCCGACCUUCGGGCCAUGCAGAACGCUACUGCGGCCAAGCAUGCCGCUGCGCUCGACGAAGUCAAGACCGCACACGCCGCCGCCCGCCUUGCUGAUGCCGCCACCCUCUCUGCGCUUCGUGACCAGCUCAACGCGUCACAGGCUGAGGCCGAGGCUGCGCGCGCCAAGGUUUCCGAGCUCCACGACCAGCUGGUGGCCCAGGAAGCAAGUGCUGCUGCAAAGCUUGCCGUUGUCGACGCCGCCGCCAAUGAGCGCAUUGCCGCUGCCACCGCCCGAGCCUCCAAGCUUGCGGCCGAGCUGGACUCGGUCCGGACCGCCGCUAUCGCACGUCAGGGACAGGCUGCAGAAGCAAGCGCAGCAGUGGCCGAUCGGGAGUUGGAGGCAUUGCGGAAGCAGAUCACGUCGGUGGAGGCUGCCAAGACCGAGCUUGGCGCACAGCUGAGCUCGCUCACCGACCAUUGGACACAGCUGGCCGGACAGUACGAGAGCUCACUGGCGAACAUGAAGGCUUCGCACGCCGCGUACGAGGCGUCGGCCGGUGCCGCGCUGGCGUCGUACAAGCAGGCACUCGGCGAUCAAAAGCGUAAGCUCGCUAAGGGUGCCGACGAGCUGUCUCAGGCGCGAAACGCCUACCGUGCGCUCGAGUCCAAGACCGUGGCGCUGGAGCUGGAGCGUGACGAGCUCGCCGCUGCACUGCGCGUCGCUGAGGCGCGCGGUGACGCAUCCUCGCAAUCGCUGGAGGUCACGCCGGUUCAGCUCGCAGCCAUGCGGUCGCAGGUCGAGGACCUUGCCGACCAACUCGAGCGCGCAACGCAGCUGGCCGACUCACGCAAGCUGCAGAUCGCCGACAUGCGGAGCCAGCAGACAAAGCUUGCGGCUCUUUACGAGGAGCAGGCAUCGGCGCUGGAGCACACGCAGCGGCUGUACAAGAGCCAGGUCGAUGACGCGCUGGCCGACGCUGCCGCACUCCGAGCCGAGCUUGAAAGCGCACAGGCUGUCGCCGCCGUUGCCGCCGGCCCUCCGCUGUCGCCGGUCCGUGAGGAGCGAACGGACGCCAAGGUGCAUACAGACCACCUGGAAGCCCAGCUUGCUGAUGCCCGCGCCAUGACUGCUCGUGCAACAGCUAUGUACGAGGCCGAGCACGUAGCGCUCGUCCGCGAGCGCUCGCAGCGCGCAGAGGUUGUCCGCGAGUUUGAGGCCCGCAUUGCCCAACUCGAGGCGAUGGUCGGCACAGUGGUUGCCAAGCUCCGCGCUUCACUUGCAGCAGACACCCCGCUGAUCGGGCAACGCGCCAGGCGCAAGUCGGCGCGCUCGAAGGCCUCCAAGUUCGGCUGGCGCAAACAGCCAGAAGCUGCUCUUGCAAGCGAGGACGAGGAGCAAGCGUUUUGACCCCGGAUCAGCUUUUCCUGACGUGCCACAUCAGAAAGCAGUCCAUGAGGCGCGUCUGCCACUCGCGCCCCGCCAGAGACUCAUUUGUUGCCGAUGGCGCGUGCGUAGCAGCCGGCGCGUGGCUGGCGCGUGGCGGCGACAGGAGGGUGCGAGGACUGUUAUGUUCACUUUGAGGCUAUUGAGGCGCGCGACAACACGCCCGAGC